CACACAUAUGGCGCCAACGGCGACUACCAGCAGCCCUACGGCCACGCCCCAGUGCGCGGCGGAGCCAGCAAGAAGUCGCGCCGGAAGAAGAAGGCGCCCUCUGCGCCGCCACCGCUCGCCUACACACAACACCUCGCCCCCCGCCAGAGCCCCGCCAGCAACUCGCAUGCCGUCUCGUCGUCGCACGCAAUCCCCCGCUCCGCCUCGAGCAAGGACCGCAUAUGGAACACGUCGACGGCCGAGGAGCGCGAGCGCAUACGCGACUUUUGGCUCUCCCUCGGCGAGGAUGAGCGCAAGUCGCUCGUCAAGAUUGAAAAGGAGGCCGUCCUGCGCAAGAUGAAGGAGCAGCAAAAGCACUCGUGCAGCUGCACCGUCUGCGGCCGCAAGCGCACCGCCAUCGAGGAGGAGCUGGAGGUUCUGUAUGAUGCAUACUACGAGGAACUCGAGCAUGCUCCUCACCCGCGCCCCAUGCUCAACCCCCCGCAACCAUCCCACGGCCCCUACGACGACGACGAAGACGACGACGACGACGACGACGAAGAGUACGACUCGGCCGACGACGACGAAGACUCCGAGUACGACAGCGAAAUAUCCUCCGAGGGCGACUACAGCUCGGGCGAGCCCAGCCUGCCCCCGCCAGAGCCCUCGGAUUUUCUGCAGUUUGGCAGCAGUCUGCAGGUCAAAGGUGGCAUACUCACAGUCGCUGACGAUUUGCUCAAGAACGAUGGGAAAAAGUUCAUCGAGAUGAUGGAGCAGCUGGCUGAGCGCCGCAUGCAGCGCGAGGAAGAGGCCCAGUUUUCCGCCCAUCCAAACAUGCAGCAUCGCUCCUACACGGGCCACAGCCACAAUGCCCCGCCGCCCGACGAAGACGACUACGACGACGAGGCAGAGGACGACGAGGAAUACGACGACGACGAGUACGACGAGGAUGAGGACGAUGAGGAAGGGACCAUGACGGAGGAGCAGCGCAUGGAGGAGGGGCGGCGCAUGUUUCAGAUAUUUGCUGCGCGCAUGUUUGAGCAGCGAGUACUGCAGGCAUAUCGGGAAAAGGUCGCUGCAGAGCGCCAGCAGCGUCUGCUGGAAGAGCUGGCAGAAGAAGACAUACGGAAAGAUGCAAAGGAGGCCAAAAAGGCAAAGGAGGCCCAGAAGCGAAAGGAGAAAAAGGACAAGCAAAAGCAGCUCAAGGCCGAGGAAAAGGCUCGCAAAGAGGCGGAACUCGCCGCAAAGGAGGCAGAGGCAAAGGCCGCCGAGGAAAAGCGCCUCGAGGAGCAGCGAAAAAAGCGCGAAGAGCAGCGCAAGAAGAAAGAGGCCGAGCGCAAGGCCCACGAGGAGGAGAAGCUGCGCAAGGAGGCCGAGCGGUUGCGGCGCCAGCAGGAAGAGCGUGAGCGCCAGCAAGAGGCCGAGCGCAAGGCACGCGAGCAAAAGGCGCUCGAGAAAAAGGCAAAGGAUGAAGCCAAGCGGAAAGAGCGCGAGGAGCGCGAGGCCAGGGAAAAGGAGGCAAGAGAGAAAAAGGCACUCGAGGAAAAGGAGCGCAAGGAACGUGAAUCAAAGUCAAAGACCGACACCAAGGAUCGCCCGCGCAAGGAGGACCAGGCGGCGGCGGCGGCGGCGGCGGCAGCAGCAGCUCACAAUGCCAUUGCAGGCGCAAAAAAGGCACCGCAACCGCUGGCUGUCGCGCUGCCUCCCCAACUGCUCAAGCAGACGUCGUCUACCGGAACGCCCUCGCCGCAUGUCACACCCGCUAUCCCCAAGGCACCCACCCCAAACCGCCCACGGCAAACGUCGCAGCAAAAUUCCCAUGGCUCCUCGCCCAAGACGCCCCACGCCAUGCUGGGAACGAGCAAGUCGACAUCGCCGUCUUCGCAGUCGCAGGGACAGUCAAUACCACGGUCCAUCCUGACAAAGCCCCCUAUUCCGCACCAGCCCAUGCCUGCACUACACGGCCAGCCGACAUCGCCAAUGCCCCCCAUGGGGCCUCCGCCGGGCAUGCCAGGGCCGCCAGGGCUGGGCAUGAGCAACAUGCCUCCGGGUCUAAACGGAUUUGCCAGCCAAGCGUCCAUGGUCCCGGGACUCAUGGGUCCUCGUCCGAACAUGCCCUUUUUUCCCCAGCCCUCGCCGCAAAGCUUUCGUGGAUUCCCGCCCCCGGGCAUGCACACUCCGGGCACCCUCCCCAUGGGCCGGGGGUUCCCAAUGGACGGGCCGCCUGGCUUUCCCGCGCCCCCUGGAUUCACUGCACCAAUGCCGUCUGCCUUUCCUAUGGGCAUGCCGACCCAUUCUCGGCAGGGGUCUGGAUCGUUUGAGCGAAUGUCCAAUGUCGAGAGUCCCAUUGCCGCUCCGCAAGCGCAGCCCAUUCAGCGACCAGCACCCAUCCAGCGGCCGUCGAGUGUCAAGCCGGGUGACGAUUCCAGAGGCGAUGUCGAUGAGCUCGCAAGCCAUCUUGGAAGCAAGGCCUUGUUGGACGAUGAAGACGACAUGCCCGAGUUGCCCGAACGACGACCUAGCCUGCAGCAACACGCGUCUGUGAGAGCGCCGUCGUUUGGCUUUGCAGACAUGCCGGGUUCGCAGUACGGGUCGUUUGGCGGGCCAGGCGGAGGCAGCAUCUGGGGCACACCACCGCUGCAGGGCUUUGCUGCCGGAGCUACCUGGGGCCACUCGCCCACGUCCAAUAUGUUCAACAGCCCGUUUUCGGCUCGAGGCCAUGAACGCAACGCAAACGAACCGCGCAUCGUGUGGCUUCGGCGCACCAUCUGCAUUGCUUGCAAGACGCUAGCGCCUCGCACCGCGGAUCCAGAGGGCUAUGUCGACGCCUCAGAGGUGCACCGGCAGGUGGAUACAUUGCGGAAUGCGCUUGAACCUGCCGUAUCCAUGGACGAGAUGAAGGAGGCUUGCGACAUUCUUGACGUGACGCAAACCAACGGUGGCGGCAGCCUCGAAUACAAAGAGGAUAAUGGCCGUCUUUCGCACAUCAAAUUCUGCGACAGCGCACCGCCGCCACCGGCCCUGGGCGAGAUUGGCAGUCCUAUUCCUAGCCACAGUGUGCUGGCCGGUGGUUUUGGAAGAUUUCCCGGCCUCGGCCCGCAGGGCUUUUGAUCAUUUGGUCCCGCAUUUUCAUCUCCUUUUCUUUUUUUUGGCACAGGUGUUGUCCGUAAUUUGGCGCACUUUGCCCGGCCUCUUUACAUUCUUCGACUCUUGAGAUAAUCCAGUAGUGCUCUGCAAGAAGCGAGCAAUCUACUUGCUG